CCGGGAAUUCCCAGGCAGCACGCAAGCUCCGGGUCGGCCGUGUGGGGACCGCGAAUUGUACUUGAAGUUCCAGAUAAUGCUUCACAAUUGAAUUUUGAACCAUCCACAGUGGAUUAUAGUAUUCUGUGAAUUGAAGGUCACUAAAUGGAAGUCAUGAAUAGCCCCAUUCAAGUGUCACAUGCCGUGUAGGAGUUUAAAAAGGAGCGGUUUGUUCGAGCAGCUCACUGGUUCAAGGACUAGGAACGCCUGACGGACGCGGACCGGCUUGGUUGGGAUUUGGCUGCCGUGCAUAACCACGUCCACACGGUUGACUCUAGUCGCAUCGCGCUGGUCACAACUCCCCUUCUUCCACUGCCUUGCUGCCUUGUGCGAUUGUUGGUUAGCACUAGCAGUUGCAUCAGUUGCAAAGCCUGCUUAGUCACACAAGUAAAUCACUUCGGAACUUUAAUCGUGGUUUGGCUGCAGAUGUUUAACUGAUGACUACAUGUACCUUACUUCAUCGUCACGUGUACAACUGAGGCCUCUGUUUGAAUUUGUCUGAGUUACUUAGUAAACCAUUUCUCCAGCACGUUCUUCUGCAACUGACUUCUCAAAGAAAUUAGUUUGACAUUGACACCUCUGAUUCCAAGAUGGAUGUCCAAUCAUCAAGUCCUAUGUCUCCAGGACGUAGGCCAUUUUGCAGGCAGACGGCAGUCACAGAAAACUGUGACGUUGCCGAUGGUCCCGUAGAUGCAACUCUGAAUGGCAACAUUGCACCAACAGGACACUCAGGAUUUCCAAGAGUCCAGCUUGUCCACGAAUCCAGCAAAGAAAGUUUGGUCCACACUUUGCCAAACUCCAUUGCAAGACAGAAAAAGUCCUUACAGAAAAAUCCACCUUUACAAAAAAAUCAAAGUGAAAAUUGUCCCCAUUCCCGUAAUGAAAAUGUUUCCAAAAUGAAACAGCUUUUUGCCAAGUAUGUUUACAGCGCGCAGUUGGCAGCUUUUGAUCGGCGUCUCUUCAAGCAAAGAAACAGUGAGACAAUCCGCUAUCGUCAAAAUACUUCAUCUGAAGAGAUUGCACGUCAAAAACCAGAAGCUAAAAAGCCGUCUAGAAAGAAAGAUGUUUCAGAUGGACUUCCCUUCUCAUCCGGAGUGCUGGCUGAUUUUAAACGAGAGAAGAUAGUUUUGGCUCAUCAGAAAGAUUUUUCUGAUGUUCUUCCGAGGGAGACGGACACUCCUAGUCAACAACUACCAGCCGGUUAUUGUGGAGGAGUUAGUGAAGUUCGAAGUCGUCAAGAAUCAAGGAGCGGCUUGGAGCCAUCUGGUGGUGAAAGAUUCCAAAACGGAGACAUCCCAACGAUUAAAGUAAAUAGUGAAGAGGAAAAAUGCAUUUCUGAUACGGGAAGAGAGAAAGGCGAAAGGUUUCGCCAGUCCAAGAAGUCCAGCGGGUAUGGAACUGGUGGAAGUGAUGACAUCCCUGAAGGAGAAUUCCUCUCAAGUGUGUUCUUGUCUUCUGAAACUUCAGUGGACAAGGAGGUUCAUCGGGAGGGUCUCAGAGAUGAUCACCAAAUGCUCAGGUCACCUUUCCCAAAUAAAGAAGUUCUUCUCUGUGCACCAAAUGGAGAAUAUCUCGCUGAACAACCUAAGGCAGUUGCUUUGGGCAAAGGGGAGAGACAACUUCAAUGCAGAAAUACAGAUUUACCCUCAGAUGCAAUGGUCUGGCAGUUUUCCGGCACCAACAUCAUGAACAUGAUCAUUCCGUCACACAUCGACGACAAUGGCGUUGAUAAUGCCACACGCUCUGAGCUUGUGAGGUAUUUCAAUGAGAUUGUCCUUGCCAAUCCAAACAUACCGUUACCUAAAUGUGAACUCCCAAAAUUUGAUUGGAACGAUUUGGAGGCAGCUAGGAUCGCUGAUCUGAUCUCUACAGAAGAGAAAAAGGAUGAACAAUUCCUUGAGUGCGUAGAAACAAUGGCAUCAUUAAGCUCUCAACCAUGGGCUCUAGAGCCGAUGGAGGUAAGACAACAAAGUCCUGAUCACUUGUCAGAUGACAGUUCUGCGGAGCGAUUCGAGUUGGAUAUCUCAAAGGAGUCAGUGGCAGAGCCCUCUCUGUACCUUGGUACUUUCUCGAGCCAGGAUCCAGACAGUGGCAUCAGAGGUUGGGGUAGCUUGGAUGAUGUCGAUGGAAAGAUGGACCCACCUGUUUACCCCUCAACAGGUGCAGCAGCUAGGCCAACCCCAUCCCAACAGCUCCAUGAUGUUGCCUCAGCAAACCAUUUAGCUGCUCUCCGCAUUGGCCAUUCAUCUGCAUCUGCUAGAGCAGCUGCAUAUGACUUGAACAAUGAGUUUGACACUUGUGGAAUUAGCGAUAGAAAAUACCCACAAAGAAACCCGUCGAGUGUGACAGGCAGCGAGAUUCAUCAUCAGCUUAACGGUUACUUGACCACUCCAAAUCAGGAUCAGUCUCAGCCGAUGACUAAUGGCGUGGUUACCAGAGGAGCAGCUGGCUUCACCGACCAAGGAGCCAGAUCAACCAAAAGAGGUUCAACUCCUCAAGAGUGGAAAACUCCAUGCAAUGGGCCUCUUGCAAAUGGCUUCGCUGGACCGUGUCACAGAAAGAAAUCAACGGGCUACCAGUAUGACAGGGAGAGUGACACCAGGUCUGCAGUUGUGGACAGCGGCAGACAGUUUUAUACAACUACAGGGAUGGCUCCAACUCAGCCAUUGGGUUGUGGAAGUACAGGCCCAAAUUACAAGGAUCAAAGACCUUCGCUGAGUCAGCUGGAGCGUUCUGUAUACUGCUUGAAGAGAUUUCCUCACGGCAACUGUUCUGACUGUAGUUGUUUACAGGGAAAGAAGCAGGUCCUGCAACUGAAGCACAGUUUUCUGAACGACAAGAUUAAAGAUAGGGAAGACAUCCUGAGAUGUUUGUGGCAUCAUAGUAGGCAAUGCAGGGAGAUACAAUGCAUUGUACCAUUCUGUGAUGUUUACCGAAGCGGGCAACCUCUUUCAUUUGAGGAGCAGUUUGCUCAAAUGUGCCACAAUUCACUGAAGGUGGACCUUCAGCUGGAACUGGUACACGCCAUGCACAAGCAGGUCAGGUCGGAAAAUUUCCUCCAGCUUGACCCCAGCAAUCCAAUCAGUCACGAGGCAUGGACGAGAGCUCAGGUCAGAGAGGGGCAGUUCUUGGGAGACUUUGGUGAUUUCAACAUCCUGCGAGCUGGUGUGGAAUUCCAAGACAAGCAAACUUUGAACGUUGUUAUCAAAAAGGCCGUGUGUCACCCAGACUCGAAGAACGUGUACUUUAGGAUCAACAGGAAAUCGUCACCGUACAUCACACAGGACUUCUGGUGCAGUGAUUUGUGUAAGGAGAACCGCCUACUUGUCUGCUCUGCAUAUUACCCAGAAAUGAAGAGUCUGCACACAGUCAUGAUGUUUGGAAAUUUGACCCUUGACCUGUGCUUGACAUUGCUUCAACAAGUCAUUGCUGCUGCCAUACACCUUCACUCUAUUGAGAUUGUCUACCUCAACUGGAAAUGUUCCAAUGUGCUCUUGUAUUGCAGCACCACCGAUCGUAACCAUGUGAACAUCAAACUGUGUAACUUCAGUAGAGCAGUUCAAGUCAAGCCAGGCAGUGUGGUCACAUGUCCUGCUGACAUCAGAGAGACGUACGAUCCCUGCUUCACUGCACCAGAGGUUUUGUGCGGUGAAGCACUGUCUUACAACUCAGAUGUUUGGGGUAUUGGGUGUCUCUUAUACGAGAUGCUUUACAAGAAACCUCCUUACUCGGACUACUGCCACCAAUCGCCAGCACAGAUGAGAGAAAUGGUGCGUCGUAAUCAGCUGGAGCACAACUUCUCCGCUGAUCAUGCCCAGCUCCUGCCUUUACUGUGUGAAUGCUGGGAGAGACUUGCAGGCGAUCGCUGCACAACGGAGGCACUGCUAGUAUUAGUGGCAGAGGCUUUGUUGUUGCACAAGAUGGCUCAAGCAGAAAGAUGAGGGUUGGAGGGACGGAUCUAGCUUUCAGGAAAGGGGGGUUGAUAUGAAGGAAAUAGGGUUGAGUGGAGGCAUGUUGAAAUGUUGAAUGCCCCUACAUUUCUCCUGCAUUCUAAGGCAAUUGGAGAAUA